UUUUUUGUUUGGGUUGUAUGUGCACAAUAUUCUCAGGAUCUGUUUGAUUAUAAAUCUGAAAGGGGGAACAGUGCCCUUUUUUUCCUUCUGCAAAUUGAACAGGAUGCCUGUUAUUUUGGGUGACAAGGAUUCAACUGAUACCUGGCUAAACAGUCCUCCUUCCAAUUUUAAGAGUGUGCUGAAGCCAUAUGAAGAAUCAGAUUUGGUCUGGUACCCAGUCUCACCUGCUAUGGGCAAGGCAUCAUUUGAUGGACCUGAGUGCAUAAAGGAGAUUCAAAUAAAGGCUGAAGGGAACACUUCAAUCUCUAAGUGCUUCUCAAGGAAAGGAGCUGGAGAUGAAGACUCAAAGCCAGAGCAGAAAAUACCAUGUCAUGAGUUUGUCAAGACCGAACAUACAGAAGACCUGAGUGAAGGAGGUAAAACUGAAGAGGGAGACAAAGACUUAAAAUCCAGUAGUUAUUCGCAUUCUCCAAAUGAUACUAAGUUCCCAAUCAAGCGUGAUUAUGAUGCUCUUUCUGCGGAUUCAAAGCCAGCUUUUGGAAAUAAUGAUCAGGUGAGUGCAAAGCCUGCAAAGAAAAAGGAAAAAGCGAGGAUUGCUGAUGAUAAACAACCAACCUUGUUUUCCUACUUUGGAAAAAGGUAACCACUAACUAGUUUUGGGUUUAAUGACCUAUAAGACCGUGAUGUUCUGUAUCUGUGUAAAUUAUGUAGGCCAAUUUUCUUCUAGCACUUGUAUGUCCAUGUAAGUCAAGUUUUAGUUGUACUUGUACACCACAUAGGGGUGGCAAUAUGGGUUGGCGGGCCGGGUUGGGCCCAACCCGCCACUAACCCGUCGAAAUGCGGGUUGGGUUGGGCUAGCCCACUUUUGGUAUUUGGGUUCAAAGUCUCAACCCAACCC